AUGACCGACGAACGACGAGAAACGACGCCAGAGGAGCAGAUCGAUGCCCAACAGCAGAUGGAAAAGGUCGCCAGAGAACGUGGAGGGGUAGAGAAAGGGUUGGGGGCUGAAACCGUCGCAAAAUACGUUCCCGGGAACAAGAUUCAAAUUACGGAGGUCAUCGCCAUGAAGCAAAAGAAGAAGAAGCUUUAUGUCGCGUUCAGCCGUAAGACCUUAAACAAGAAGAUAGAGUACCAACUGACUGAGACGGCUGGCGAUACUACGAAACUCUACAUGAACGGGAAAUGGUUUCCUCAGGAUCAAGUCUAUGUGGUCUGA